AUGUUGAUUUCGAAUUGGAGCGUGAGUGGCAAAGCUGCUGCCGCUAUAGCAGCAGAAAAUAGUGGCAGUAACGAGGCCGCCUCACCGCGUUGGGAACCACAAAUCGCGGUGCUCUGUGAAGCCGGCCAAGUAUUUCAGCCGCAAUAUCUUUCCGAAGAGGGACGCUGGGUAACGGAUUUAAACAAGAAGACAUCGGGCGCCACGUGCCUGCGCGACAAAAUGGAUUUACUGGACUACUGCAAAAAGGCCUAUCCGAAUCGUGACAUCACCAAUAUCGUUGAAUCUUCGCAUUACCAGAAAAUCGGUGGCUGGUGUCGUCAGAGCGCUUUAAAUUCUGCCAAAUGCAAAGGGGCACACCGCUGGAUCAAACCGUUCCGUUGCUUGGAAGGACCAUUCCAAUCGGAUGCGCUUCUCGUCCCCGAAGGUUGCCUCUUCGAUCACAUUCACAACGCUUCGCGCUGUUGGCCAUUCGUGAGGUGGAAUCAAACUGGCGCCGCCGCUUGCCAGGAACGCGGCAUGCAGAUGCGUAGCUUUGCCAUGUUGUUGCCGUGCGGCAUUUCGUUGUUCUCGGGAGUGGAAUUUGUUUGCUGUCCGAAACAUUUUAAAACUGAUGAGAUUCGCGUCAAGAAGACCGACCUACCUGUUAUCGCCCCAGCUGAGAUUACCAACAGCAACGUGGAUGUGACCAACGAUGAUGACAAUGACUCCAACUAUUCCAAGGAUGCCGGUGCUGAUGAUGAUCUGGACGAUGAUGAUGACCUAAUGGGCGAUGAUGAAGAGGACGAGAUGGUCGCCGAUGAAGCAGCUGCUGGUGAGGCGAACAGUUCCAAUGCCGAAGAUUUGAAUGGUGAAUAUGAUUCAAGUGAGGAUUUGGAUAACUAUGAGGAGGAUGGUGGUGGUGCAGCUGACGAGCAGUCGGACAAUUGGGAAUUGCAGAAUGGUAGCUCAAGCGGCGCGAAACCCAUAGCGGUGAAGUCGAACACAGAUGAAGCGGGUGGCGCAAAGGGCAAAUUGGGUGUCGAAUCGGUGGUUAAGGGAGCUGCUGGCAUGAUGGCUGAUGGGCCAGCCGCAUCGGCAACACAACAACAAUUACCCGCAGCACCAUCGACCAGCCAGCCCACCGUCGACCCAUACUUCACCCACUUCGAUCCGCACUAUGAACAUCAGAGCUACAAAGAAGCCCAACAGCGCCUCGAGGAAUCGCAUCGCGAGAAGGUCACACGUGUCAUGAAGGACUGGUCCGAUUUGGAGGAGAAAUACCAAGAUAUGCGCUUGGCCGAUCCAAAAGCUGCACAGAGCUUCAAGCAACGCAUGACAGCACGCUUCCAGACUUCUGUUCAGGCACUCGAAGAGGAAGGCAACGCCGAGAAGCAUCAGCUGGCCGCUAUGCAUCAGCAGCGCGUUUUGGCACACAUCAAUCAGCGUAAACGUGAAGCGAUGACCUGCUACACACAAGCGCUCACCGAGCAACCACCAAAUGCUCAUCAUGUAGAGAAGUGUUUGCAGAAAUUACUGCGCGCUUUGCAUAAGGAUCGCGCACAUGCUUUGGCGCACUAUCGUCACCUUUUGAACUCCGGCGGCCCAGGUGGCUUGGAAGCUGCUGCCUCGGAACGUCCACGCACUUUGGAGCGCCUCAUCGAUAUUGAUCGGGCUGUCAAUCAAUCGAUGACCAUGUUAAAACGCUACCCCGAACUGUCUGCCAAGAUUUCACAGCUAAUGAAUGAUUAUAUUUUGGCAUUGCGCAGUAAGGACGACAUACCCGGCUCAUCGUUGGGCAUGAGUGAGGAAGCGGAGGCAGCCAUUUUGGAUAAGUAUCGCGUUGAGAUCGAACGUAAGGUGGCGGAAAAGGAGCGCUUGCGUUUAGCCGAGAAACAGCGUAAGGAGCAGCGUGCCGCCGAGCGUGAGAAAUUGCGUGAGGAGAAGCUGCGCAUGGAGGCUAAGAAAGUGGAUGAACUGCUGAAGUCACAAACCGAACAAGAUAGCGGCGCCAGUGGCGCUGGCUCUUCUGCCUCGUCGUCUUCUUCCUCUUCUGCAGCUUUGGGUGAGUCAAAAGUGAACAGCAAAGAAUUGGGGCAACUUGUAGAUCCCACAAAAUUGGCGCAGAGCGAAAAGGACAGCACUGGCGGUGAAGAGUACGCCGAUGUCACUGUCAGCACCAAAACCCAAACCGUCCUGCCCACAGUCGAUGAUGAUGCCGUACAGCGUGCUGUUGAGGAUGUAGCAGCUGCUGUCGCUCACCAAGAGGCCGAGCCACAGGUGCAACACUUUAUGUCGCACGAUUUGGGCCAUCGCGAAUCGAGCUUCUCGCUGCGCCGCGAAUUCGCACACACGCAUGCGAACAAGGAGGGACGCAAUGUCUACUUCACUUUGUCUUUUGCUGGCGUUGCAUUGUUAGCGGCCAUCUUUGUUGGCGUUGCUGUGGCCAAGUGGAGAACAUCUCGCUCGCCACAUGCGCAAGGCUUCAUUGAGGUUGAUCAGAACGCCAGCACACAUCACCCCGUUGUACCGGAGGAGAAAAUCGUGGCGAAUAUGCAAAUCAAUGGCUAUGAAAAUCCAACAUACAAAUAUUUCGAGGUGAAGGAGUAAAAGAACCAAAUAACAGAAAAAUUGAAUAAUAAAAUAAAUUUGCAAAUAUUGUAAACGCACUCAGAAACUCAGAAAUCCCACUAAAGGAAAAGUAAGCCCCGCCCUUCCCCUAAAAAGAAAUAAAUUAAAUCCCCUAUAAGAAGCCUGCUUUAUCAUACCACUUAUACAUACAUGAAAAAAUAACAAAAAACCAAAAUUUAAAUUGAAUCAUACUAAAACAAAAAUAAAAACAACAACCACAAGCCCGUAAAUUAUACAAACCAUAUUUUCCACAAAAAUACAUAAAAAUAAGUAUAAGACAAUUUAAAAAUAAAUAAAUUUAAAGAAAAUCGGAGCGCAGUUCCAACAUUGUAGACAACAGACAGCAACAAAGGAGGUACUAAUAACUGUAAAAAGAAAAUAGUAAAAGAAAAAGCGAUGAAAAAGAAAGGGGCCAAUAAAAAGGAUAACUAAAACUUUAAAAAGCGCAAAUAAGUUCGGUCAAAGUUUUGAAAGAGAGAAGUGAAAAACUAAUAUUUAAUAUUUGAAAGUAAAAACGAGCUCAAAAAUCUAGCGAUUUCAGCUCGAAAAUUAUACUCAAAGACCAAAAACUCACUCAACCACUCACUCACACAUGCAUACAUAUAUAUGCAACCACAUUCACUCACAAACUCACUCAAUGGAAGAUACUAAAAAUAAUUCAGAAUUCUUACAUAAUCUACAUUUGAAGAAAAAAAGUAUGUUGUUCUUGUUUAGAAAGUAUUAAUUAAAAAUUAUGUGUAAUGGUAAUGAGUAACAAAAAAAAACAUGAAUUAAAAUUUAAGUAAGAAAAUCAAGAAAAAGCAAAUUAAUUUUAAGCAAAAGUGGAAUACAAAAUUUGCAAAUAGAAAAAAGGCAAAUGAAGAUGUGCGAAAAUUUUAUUUAAGUAAAUUGAUAAAUAACUAUCAACAACAACCAUAAAAUCUAAAAGAAAAAUAAAACAGAUACAAGUUUUCUAAUUAUUGAGCGAAAAUAUCCAAAGCAUAAGAAACGCAUUUGCGUGGCUGAGAGGUGUUAAGUGCGCCAAAGAAACCAAAGUAAGAGAGAGCAGAGCAUGUAAAAUGAAAGCAAAGGAGAGCAAAUCGGCAAAAUGCUUAAGACAACCAAAGACCAUUGCGAGCGAAAUAAUCAGAAUAAUUAUACUGAGAUGCUCAAAAACAUUGCCAAUAGAGCUGAUUUAGAGAAAAUGCACAACUGAUCAACUUAUCGAAAGAGAUUUACAAAAAAAAUUAAAGAACAGCAGCAGCUGAGUAUAAGCAUUUUUAAAUGAGAGAGCAGAACGGUACUGCGGAAAGAAGUUGGAGGCUGUGCAAGCUGUAAUUUGUAAAAUUGUUUAGAAAACUGCGAGUGUUUCUAGAAAGCUCACUUGCUUAAGUAAAACCACAAUUACAAUGGGGUUUCAGUAAUUUUAAUUGCGCUCUUAGCGAUCGUUUUGCAAGCAAUGAGAAUAACGGCAAACACACUAAAGCUUACGGAGGCAAAUGUCGAGCUUGGAAACUGCCAACAUCUAAGUGAGAAACACGCUUAGUAGUGGCGCUAGAGAGGCGGCUCAUACUGAACAAAAGCUUUCUUCACAUUUGUGUGUACUUAAAAUGCGAUUAAAAAGUGCAAAGGCUCUGCGCAGUUAAAAUGGCGGUCUCUCUUUACCCACGCAAAUGGAAAUUUCCUCACAUACACCCACAUACACUCACACAAAUACAUUCGCAAAUGGAGAAAACAAAUUGUAUUUUAAAUAAAAAUCAAUAAAUUAAAUUAAGUAAGUGAAAUUUUUUGUGAAUGCGUAUAAAUCAAUUUAUGAAACAUCAAAGAUAGAGAAUGCAAAAACUUAAAGAGCUCACCACGCCUAUAAAGAAACAAACUUUCACUCACUCUACUCUUAACAAAAUCGCCUGCUUUUCAUUAAUAAUCCCCCAUUAACGCUAUAAACAAAAGGUUAGCAUUAGCUGGUUAAGAAUUCGAUAUAUAUGUAUAUAUACAUAUACAUACUUAUAUUCAUUGGGAAAAAAAACUAAAAGAGAGAAGAGAGUAAAGUAAAUAAAGCACAUAUGUAUACAGACAUAACUAUAUAAACGCCUGCUGCUAUUCUUAUACUCAAAACUCACAGACGGAAAGAGAGAAGAGGCACAUACACAUACUUACACACAUAAAUCCGUAAAUCAUACCGAUAUACAAACAUGAAAACACACACACUCGCGCGUGCUUGACAGGUGAAAUAAUUCCGUGUAAGCUUAGAAAAGCUUUCACAUGCAAAUGAUAAAUGUAGUGAAAAGCGGAUGUAGCAACUUUGAGUAGAGCUUUGCUGUGCUUUGAAGAGAAAAACGUCGCUUUCAGACCAGGCAAAUCAAUGAAAUUGUGUCGGUGUAAGAUGAGUGGAAAGUACGCUAGAGACAAUAAAUCAUAGCGAGAGCUGAGCUUGGUGUUUUACAGUAACGCAAACCGCAUUGCACGUUGAGCUCAAAUGUCGAAAAGCUUUACGUUUCUUGGGUUUCUAACAUGUAAGAAAAACUUACUUAGCGAACGAGGGCAUGAGCAGCAGCUUAGCAUGCACAAGAAAGCUCUUUAAACUCAAACUCAAAGCUACUUUUGCACGUUUUUGAGACCAACGAAAGAAAGCGUUAAUGACUGAGCUGUCGAAAGCUCAUUACAGUGGCAAUGCUUUGAUAAAGCUCACACGUGGCGCUCACUACAAGCCAGUGUAGAAAGUUAAGAAAAAAUGCGCAAAAGCGCAGCUACGCAACAUGCAACACAUACUUACAAGUACUUGGAAAAAACAAUUAAUUUCCUAUUCGUAAAAAAUCGUUCAUAUCAAUUUUCAUAUUUAUAUUUAUUAUUAAGCAAUAGUUUUUAGCAUUUAGUAUAUUUAAUUUAGUGUUUUAAUUAUAUAAUUUAAUUACUUGACAAAUACAAUUUUGAACAUUUGUGCAAAUUCAAUCAGACACAAAAAUCAACACUCGAAACAAAAGGAGUGGAAAUGUAAUGAGCGGAAAAGAAUAGCAACAAAAGUAGUUUUACUAAGUGUUUCAAUUUGUUUACGUGCAUACUUACAUAUAUAUAUAUAUAUAUAUAUAUAUUUAUUGAAUUACAUAAACACAUACAUACACACAUGUGUUGUAUGUUGUUUACUUAUGCACUUGGCUUUAGUUGCUGCUAAACAAUACAGUUACUUAGAUGAUGUGCAGUAUUUGUUAUUCGAUAAGUUAAUUUUUUUCUAUUAACGUAUUUAUAUGUAAAUGUAUGUAAAACUAACAAAAACGAAAAAUUGCCAAGCUGAGUUGAAGGAGUUUACAUACAAAUAUGAACAAAACACACUUGAUUACCCGCGGAAGGGCAGUUUUUGGUACGAACGAUAAUAUUCAGGAAAUUUUUAAAAUUCAACAAAAGAACUUCGCUGCACUUUUCCAGAAUUGAGAUAAAAAUUUAGAAAAUUAAAAAUGAACUGGUUGAGAAUUACAAAUGCAUAACAACUGCAUACAACAAACAUAUAUACAUAUAUAUAGGAUCCUCCAACUUCUAGUUGGAGCAUAGGGCGUGGACAACUCCUCUUCGAAGUCGAGGUUGGGCAAGAGCUCUAUGUUCAUUCCAAGCCAUUUUGAACGACCUCAUCUCCGCCUCCCUUGAACGGCAUCAGGUGGUUUCUGGGCUGGCUACAUUUCGUACUGUCUCUUGAAAGGUGUUCCAUCGCAGCGCCUGUUUGGCGAUUUUGUUGUCACUCUUCCUCAGGCUGUAGCCGAUCCAUUGCCAUUUCCUUCUGCGUAUUUCAGUCGCCACAUCGAAUUGGUUAGCAUUCCUCAGUAAUUCGGUAUUAGAAAUAGUUUGAGGCCAGAAAAUUCGCAUUAUGCAGCGUAAGCAGCGAUUAAUGAACGCCUUGUGAUCAUUCCGGCGACCUUCCACGUCGUACAGCCGCAUAGCAGGACGGACAUGAAAAUUCGCAAGAAUCUUUAGCGCUAACAAAAACCUUUUGUACAAAGCUCAAUAUUCCCUUCCGGACAUGAUUAUUUUCUCCGCUUUCUAAGCUCACAAUAAAAUUGGCAACAAGAUUAUAGAAAAUUGGCAACAAGAUUAUAGAACUUCGUAAACGAAUCGUUAAAGUCCUGACUUGAUUCUCACUCUUGACAGGAAACACCAAAUAGCGGUGCCGGUUCCCCUCGGCAGGCAAUGGCAAGCUUUCGAGUAUGUUACAGCCAUGAAAGAUUUUCAUACAAACCAUUCAACCACUCGGAGGCGGCAUAAAGCUGGGAAUGUCUUCAUUUGUGAAGCAGCCACAUCAAGGCGCACGCCACAAAGAGGCCAAAUACCCAAUAAAAGAUCUAAACAUACAAAUGACCUCCAUAUUUAAUUUUUAGGAUUAUUAUUACUUAUUUUUGCUCUUUGAAAAAAAUAUAAUUUUUCUACUUUUUUUCUUCUGGAAAAAUAAGAGUCUGCCAGUUUUUUUACCAAAAACGGUUGUGGCACUGACAUAAACAAAUUUUCUGGAGAUUACGGCUGCGAUAAAAGAGUAGAGUCCACAGUCCUAGCUUCCUUCGACAAUCGAUUCUACAUUACCCGCACGAAAUGGAUUUAAAUCCGGCCCAAGAUUAUCAUCUCCUCAAGCCGCUUCUUCCGGUUUUUCAGCAAUAUUAGUCUAAAGAGCGAACUUCAGUAUUAUUCCUACUUUCUAAAAUUACCCAGAUAUAAAUACUUGGCAAUGAAUGCGAAAGAAAGCCAUGACUGUUGAGAGAAGGUAGCUCGAACUUUGGAUAGACGCACUCUCAAUUUUUCGCGCCCCAACCGCAUAAGGAAGCAUUCGUUCGUUCAUUCGAAUAGCCACAAUUCUCAACCGUUUUUAUGCUGUUUUUUUCUAUAAGUGGAGUGCCACUUGAAAUAAUUAAUUGAAAUAAUUGAAUAUCUGACGAAAUAAAAUUCGUUAGCAAAAUUUGUCUAAAAAAUGUUCACCUCUAAAAACAAGCAAACAGAAACACACAAAAAGACUCAGCAAAGAAGAAAACAAAACCAAAAAUUAUCAAACAAAUAAACCUAAACACAUAUUGCGUAUAAAUUAUUUAUAAACAACUAUACCUACAAAAACAACUACAAAUUCUUAACAAACGCAAAUUUAAAAGCAACUCUAAGCAAAAGUUUGCGAAAUAGAGUAAGGAAAAAUGCUAAGCAAACCAAAAACCUAGUCAAAGCUUAAAUAUUUUUAUGUUUAUUUAUUAUAGAGCAAACAAAACACAUACAUGCAUAUAUAUAUCUAUAUAUAUAUAUAUGAAAUACAUAUAUGAAAAAUAGAAAUAAUAGUAAACAAAUCAAUAAUACUAACAACAACCGCAACAAUUGAUAUUUACACUUACAAUUAGCGAAGAUAAAAGCGUAAAAAUAAAUUUUAAAAAUUUAUAAAAAAAUUAGCAUACAACCAGAUGGAGAAAAUGGAGAAAUUGUAAGCAAAAACCCCGUCCUGCGUGAAUUAAAAAAAAUAAAAAAUAAAUAACAACUACAUAUAAAAAAAGCAAAUAAAGUUAAAGUAAAAAAUUAAAUGCAAAUAAAUGAGAAAGACACAAAUCAAACAAAUGCCGAAACAAAACAAAAAUAUCAGCAAUUAAAUUUACAAAGCAUGAAAUGUUGCGAAAGACAAACAAAAAAAAACAAAAAUUAAGAUGUAUUUAAAAAUAAAAUAAAAAACUCGCAACUUUUCUCGACGUUCACUCUCCCCCUAAAACCACUUUGAUUUGUAAUAAAUGCUAAAAUUAUAUAUACAAAAUACUUAAUUUAAUAUUUUCACAUAGAAAAUAAAAAAAACCUCUACCACUACUUAUUUAUUUUUAUUUUUUUUAAGAUUUUUUGUUUUUCAUUUAAUUAAUGCGCAUAAAAACCAUUAAUAGCAGCAAAAAAACGCAUUCAUUAUAUACUGAAUUAUUGUAUUAUUGCAUUAAGAAAUUAAGAACAAAAAAUUAUAAAUAAAUUAAAUUACAAAAAAAACCAAAAAAAGAAAAAAAAAACAAAUAUUAUAUAUAUGUGAAUGUACUCAAUGACAAUUGUAAUUGCAACAAUAAUUGUACGCUAAUAUUAUUAUAUUAAAAAAGCAAACAAAAACAAAACCACAGUAACACAACAACAAUACUAACAACAAUAGAUAAUACCCAGCACCCAAGAAAAAUAAAUACAGGAAAAAACAGGAAACGCCACAAACACUUUAUUUGUAGUCAACUGGCAACACUUUUUUGCUAAGACUUCAGUAAGAAAAUAUUAAACAAUACACAAAAAAAAGCAAAAAAACAAAAACAAUUACCAAACACACAGGCAACACUGUAGGGGUGGUUAGCCGGUCAUGCCGUUGCCAAAUGCAACGCUGUAAGCUACACGGCACACAACCUCAGCUGGCGAAAAUGUCAAAAACUCCUACAGAUUCAAAUGCAUUUGAAAAUACACUGAAAAAAUGUGUUUUUUUCAUCUAUGAAAGUCCAUAUUUUCGAGUAUAGAAAGCUCCACUUAGGAAUUGUCGUCAGACUUUAGCAAAACCCAAACCGCAAUCAAUACAAAUUAACUUUGUACUUGUGCAUGUAUUUUUGUGUAGCAAUGCCAGAUGAUUGUAACUGUAAAAUUUUUCAACCUCCCCUCAAAGAAAAAUAAUAAGAAACGCAAACGCAAAUUUGUAAUUUAAAAUAAAAACAAAGAGCAAAUACUAUAAGUUGAUGUUUCGCGUAUUAAAAAAAUUGUCGUCGAACAGAGCGCGCCACAUACAUUCAAAAGAAAAUAAAAUAAUGAGAAAAGGAAAACAAAGUAUUUAAAUGAGAAAUCUGUAAGUGGUAAAAUGUCAGUGGCAAAAUGUAUGAAAAUAUGGUAAUUUAAAUUCAGUGUAAACAAUAAUAAAAACAAAAUAGCGAAAACAACAUGAAAACCAAUACUUAGACACACACACCUACAGGUACAUACACACACUCCCACACAGAAUCAGUAUAAGCAAAAGGAGCACAGUAGUGCUGCAGAGGAGAGCAACAACAAAAGUAAACCAAAAAAAGUAAAACAAAGUAACAUACAACAAAUUUUUUCUUUCGAAUUUUUUGUGUUCUUUUUUCGAAAUAUUUUGCAUAAAUAAUAAAAUAAAAAACAAAAAACAA